UGUCGUUAAUUUUCUCUUUUUGGGUGUGUUUAUUGCGUGUUUUAUUAGAUAGAACCACUGAAUUUUGUGUUAAAGCGGUAAUAUAAAACCGCUGAACGUUAAGCUUGUUAAUUGUAUCAGUGUUAACGAUGUUACGGCAGUUAUUGGAUACAUUUUGGAGAGAAGAUGUGUGGUUACCGCCGAACACAACUUGGGAGGAUAUUGCUCCAGGACCUGAUAAGGCUGUGGUGUAUACGGACUACAGGCAUUUGCUAGUGCCUUUACCUUUGGCGUUCGUGAUAAUAUUCUUGCGGCAGAUGUUGGAAAAAUACUGGUUUGCACCAUUCGGCAAGUCAUUAGGAAUUAAACACACUAGACCAAAGAGAGCUCCCAAUAACCCAAAAUUGGAGGCAGCAUAUCUAGCGUCACCAAAAAUUAAACACAAGCAGUUGUUUUUGAGCAAGGAUCAGCUAUGCGGGCUUGCCAAGCAACUGGACAUGACAGAGCGGCAAGUGGAGCGAUGGUGGCGCCUGCGCCGGUCGCAGGACAAACCUUCGACCCUGGUGAAGUUCUGCGAGAACAUGUGGCGGUUUACAUUCUAUCUGUACAAUUUCUCGUACGGAUUAUUCGUUUUGUGGGAUAAAGAAUGGCUGUGGGAUAUUGACUAUUGCUAUCUCGGGUAUCCGCACCAGGGCAUCACAAACGACAUCUGGUGGCACUACAUGAUCUCAUCAGCCUUCUACUGGGCGUUAACAUUCUCCCAGUUCUGGGAUGUGAAACAUAAGGACUUCUGGCAGAUGUUCGUCCACCAUAUUGCGACUAUAGCGUUGCUGUCUUUCUCAUGGGUCGUGGAUCUACAUAGAAUUGGAAGUUUGGUGCUAUUGUUUCACGAUUUUGCUGAUAUUUUCUUAGAUGCAGCGAAAGCGGCAAAGUACGCGGCGUACCAGCGAUUAUGCGACACAAUAUUCGCCAUAUUCACCGUGCUGUGGGUCGUCACUAGGCUAGGAUUCUUCCCCUUCUAUAUUAUUUGGAGCACAUCAAUACGCGCCCCGAUGCUCCUGCCAAUGUUCCCAGCGUACUACAUAUUCAACUCAUUACUAUUUCUUCUGCUGGCCCUGCAUAUGGUUUGGACCUGGUUUAUAUUCCAGGUCGCUUAUAAAGCCAUUAAUGCGGGCAAGAUGGAAGGCGACAUCAGAAGCUCUUCUAGUUCAGACAUCAGUGACAGUUCACAUAAUUCUAACCACAGCACACCGAACCGCGUUAACAACAAAAAAGAGACAUAGGGACCGGCGCUUCUCAGCGAAUUCAACUUUGGGGUUCGCGACACGACUAGUACAUAUUACAUGGUUGUAUGACAUGUCACUAUUGACUAACAAAUUAUUAUCACUUUUUUACCUCUCGCGAUUGAUCCGCGUACCAGAGAUGAUUAACUUAAAGGUGUAUUAGGGCAAUUUUGUUGUAUAAAAGGGUUGUUACAAAAGUAUGUACUUAAAAAUCCAUAUAGAUGGAAAUGUAAAAUACUUAAAAUUCAACUUUCAAAUAUGACCUUCGCCUUAAGUGAAGUUUUGCAUUUUAUAUUUGAAAGUGUAAUUUUGUAGUUGCGAAUUUCCAGAAGUGAAAAUAAUUCUAAAAACAUCACUAUUUUUGUGACACCUGUAUAGUUAAGCAAUAAUGGAGACCUAUUUUUGAAUCGAACGGACUUAGACAGAACUUGGCCUCAUUCGCAGUUUGAAAUUAGUAUUAACGAGUGGCAUAAUAAUGUACGUCUUCCAACGAUAUUCGAACGGUUCAAAAAUUUAUCCCCAAGUACAGUCGAGGAAAUUAAUUGUUGACGCAUAUUAACAAUAAGUAUUCAUUCCAUAAUUAAUUUCCAUUGACUGAAACGAGCAUGCCUUAAAUAUGCGAUUAAUUGAAAGGCUGUAAUUUACAACUGGGUUAGUGCUUGAUUAGUCCUGACGUCAUUAUGUAUGAUGAUUUAUAAGAAAUUAUUGGAUGGAACAAAUUUUGCACACGCUGUUCAGAAUGUUUUAAGGAGUUUAGGACUUAAAAAUAUAUAUUCUAUCUGGAAAUGAGAAAUAAAUCGUUGUACAUAAUCGAGAAAUGUAGCAUUCCAAAGAUCAAUCCAAAUCAAUCUUUUUUAACGUAAUUAUUUAAAGAUGUUGAAGACUAAGUUAUUGAAAAAAGCAACUGGAACCAAAUAAUGACGUUUGUAUUAAUAAUACGUCCAGUAUAAUCAAGCAUUAAGUUCAGAAAAGUAAUAUUUUAAGCACGUUAGCUAGUUAGUUACAUUAGAAAACUUAGAUCAACUGCUAUAAGGCGUUACGCAUCGGAACACCGGCCGUGACACGUCUAGAAGUUAUCUCAAUGUUGUUAGUAGCCGAGUUUUUUAGUGUUUUAAACAUUGAAAUUUUUAAUGGCCCAUUUUUAUCUUAGUGUUAGAAAGCGGUGUGAUAUCCUUAAUGUCGUUGAUUUAAGUUAAAAAGUUCACAAUUAUUUAUAUUACUUAUCGUCCUUAUGAGCUUGGGAUUGCUUAAAAUAAUAUUAAAAAAAACACUCCCACAUCGAAGUUUAUCAAAGGUCACGGCCUUUAAAUGCUUAAUUUAAAAUUAUACAGGGGAAUCUGAGAUGUAUGCGAGGUUUUUACAGUGUGACUGCCCCUCAAUAAAGUCAGUUUUACUAUGGGGCCCUUGCGAAAUUGUGAAAAAAAAAAAGCUAUUCCAUACGUUUUUGUGUCGAAUAGGUAUUACGAUAUUUUUCCCCGAUUUUGAAGAGGCGUCCAGUAAACUUAGUGAUGAUAAAUCAAUCUUAAAAACAUUGCAUACAUUUGAGGUCCAACCUGUCUAUCGAUAUUGCGGGGAAGAAGAGGCGUAAAACCAAAGUAUUAAGUUUACAAGUAAAGAAAUAUGUAAACGUUUUCGUUCACAUCAAUGUUUUAAAAUUCCUGAUUCCUACAGUAAACAAAGAUUAUGUAAUUUAUAACCUAAAAUAGGGGAAAUGCGUUUAUGAGAAAUUAGAAGUAUUGUUUACAUAUACGUUAAGGAAAAAAUCUAGAUGCAAACAGCACCUGUAGCAUGAGUUUACUGUGUAGGUAUUCAAUAGCAAUCGUGUCAAAUGUUUGACAAUUUCCUAUGGCAAUUGUACGUCGCCUCUAGCGGCCACAAGAAGAACUAACGUUUUCAAUCACAAAGGUGAGGCCAUACUGUGAGUCACGUUUUUCUGCUUUGUGCCACACGACGACGAAGAAUGAGUUAUCUGCCGACUCGUUCGCACGCAAGUACGAACGAUCUUCAGCCGCACUAUGUGACGUGUUUGUGCGGGUGAACAGAGGGGUGAGGGAAACAUUUAUUGCUGCUUUUCAAGAAUCCUCAAUCCAAAAUAGUUCCUUUAUUAACAUAUUACUGAGAUUUGUUCAGAAAAUUCUAAAUUUUAUUAUGAAUGGGUCACCACGCUUUUCAUUAGUUAAAAUAAUCAAAUGGCAACGUUGAGAUAGUCUACUAUAUGUCAAUUUUAUGCGGCAGACACGUUUCAGUUUUUAUAAACCAAGUUCCUGAUGAAUUAGGUGGUUUUUAGAUAGGCCACUACUUUAUAAAGCCGUCGAUUUAUUGGCAUGUGGUAGUGUUUUACAAAUUGAUCUGGAUAUUCUCAUAAACUUUCAUAUACUAUUUAUGAAACAGCCCACAUUUCAAUCCUUCCAUAUUGAGUGGAUAUACCAGCUCCUUUUUCUUUUUCUAACAUCGUCUAAUUUAUUUUAUUUGUUUAUUUCAGGCCACAUGACCUAUAUAAUAUAUCUUAAGGACUAAAAUACAUGCAAUAUAAUAAAACACUAUUUCUAACUAAUUGCACUUGUCGGCGACGUGUGGCGCAAUCUGGUGUCAGGUAACCGCGGAAUCGCCGCUUGCUUCAUAAAAGCACCCUAUUUGUAAUGAAUCCGGUACACUAUAUGACACAAACGCCUGUACAAACGAUCAAAAGUGACUGAAUAAAAUACGUUCGUUUGGCGUCCCAGUCCAAUUUCAGUCGAACGCAAACUACGACACUCGCAGCUCACUAAAUUCCUACUGGUCUGGCCUCACCCUAAUCAUGGAUCAAUAAUCGAGGACUGGCUAAUCUCCAUACUACAGAUUGUAAUUCUGAAAAAGGUCAAAAUUCCGUCUUUUGUGUUACUAAUUUAUAAAUUAACACUUCAUGAUCCAUAUCGGAAAGCGUUAUUCUUUUAUUUUGUUCAGGAUUCAUCCUAAACGAAAUAAAAGAAUGGCCGGCACAAAAUCGUAAAAAUCUGAAUAAAAAUCUGCUCAAUAAGCGCCAUCUAGUUGAUUUGUUUGUUACUACUAGAAAUUGGAGUCGCUUUGAAAAAUUAAUUCCAAAAAUUGCUGUUUGAUACUCAUCGCGAAUGAGAUACCCGACUGCGCUGUGGUGUACCGCGAUUAGCAGUCCUUUUAAUUAUUGAUCCAUGUCUUAAAUAUUUUACGCGGCGCUUGCGACGAUCGACACUGUUAACACAAUAUGUAGGUACACGAUGGAUGGAUUUAAAUUUUAAAAUUUAUGUCAUGUUAACAUGACUUGACAGUUUUUUGAACAGUAAUAAAGUCGAGAAUCGAUUUACAAUGUGGUUAAAAUUUGUUUGCUCGGGACCAUCUAGUUGAAAUUAGUUGGUUUUAAUAUAUCGUAAAGUAUUUAUUAUUAUAGUGGUUGGUUCACACUUCUGCAUUUAUUUUAAACGUUUACUGUAUUCUACAAAUUAACUUAGGAGAUAAAAGGUUUGAAAAUUACAAUCUUAUGAUGACAGUUUUUUGACAAGCUGUGAAUGGCGUGUCACGGGUUAUUUUACGAGAUUGCAAAAUGCAAACGUUUCUUUAUUUGUGUAUAAUGGUAAAAUUUAUUAUGUAUUCAGUAAGGUGGAACUUUCACUCGAUCCUAAUGUUAAUCAUAUUGUUAUAUGAUAAUAAUAUUACCUUUAGAUAGCGUAAUAAUUGAUAGUUAGUGCCUACACUUGUGUAAGUUUUACACCAAAUAAUAAAUUAAAGGCUUACGGCUUAAUAUUCUAAGUGCUUACGGUAAAACAAAAGUGUACAUUGAUGUAUUUUGAAAGUGCAAUAUGUUUUUUGGUAUGGCUGAACUUUAAUAACGUUUCUUAAUAAGAUUACUGUUACAUUUAUUACAUAGAAUAAAUAUAACGAUAAGUGUAAAGAUACAAUUAUUUGCGUUUAUUUUAUUACGUAAUCCAUCCAUAUCAUUUAAACAUAGUGUAUGAUAAAUUGCACAUAAUACUAUGCCUAAUGAAUAAUUUUAUUUUAUUUUAUUUGAAGCGAGAGUACGCCCCAAAGAUGCUUAUCUUAGAAUUUAUGUUGUACAGAAUUUGUGCACUAAGAUACCUUUCCUCUUUUAUUUUUAAGAUAAUUCUCAUUACUUGGAAAAUUCCAUUUUUAUAUUUGAUUGUUUGAAAAUUUACUAAAAUUUUGUUCCUCUAUAUUGUUUGUUAAUUAUUGUGUACGUUGUUAUAAUUUUAGUUGCUGGUAUUUGAGGAUUCGUUAUCCAAAUAUCGUAUAAAAUCGUCGUGUUGUUUAGACCCAUUUAUUUCUUGCACGGCAAUAUUUUUAAAUUAUUUGCGUAAGGUAAUGCAUUUCUUUACAAAUUGAAUCACAAAUUGUAAACAUUUUUCAAAUCUCUAUAAGAUAAUUUUGUGCCUUUCUCGUGCAUUAAUUGUAAUGCGUGGAAGUACACUAUACAUAAUAGUUAAAGUACACUACAAUUUAGUUAUAGUCAAUUUGGACGUGUAAUGAUUCAGACUUGAAAUGGGUUUGUUAUUGUUGAUCUCUAAGACUCUAGACUGACUGCAUUUCAACUACCCUCCGACUGCAAGUUUGCAUUUAGAAUGCAGUUCAAAUGCAAUUGGUUCAACUGCUCGUCGACCGUGCAGCCCGAUUGCAGUCGGUGUGCAGUUGGUAUGCAGUCUGUCGGUCUAGAGCCUAAUUCUUUAUCGCAUUUUUCUGAUAAUGAGAACAAAUUAUUUUUGAACACAGUAUGCACUAUUUUUUAAAGAUUGUUUUGUCUUAUGGUUACUUGUUUUAGUGUAUAAGCUAGUUCGUUAAGUUAUAGCAAUUUUUGCCACAUUUUGACCCUUUAAGCACAUUAUAUUUUACUUUUUUUAAAAGUUUAGACACAAAAUUUUAUAUCCACACUAAGUCACAAAACCAGUGCUAAAAUUGUCACUUUGUGGGUAAUAUUGUUAAAAUUUAAAAUGUUUUACAAUGUUUAGUAUAUAUUUAUCAUUAUAACUGAUACCUAUGUUUGUGAUGUAAAGCGUGUACAUAAC